CGGCCCAGCGGGGACUCGCGCCGCGACGCUCGCUCCGACCCAGAGUCCCCGACAUCCUCCGCAUCCUCUCCGCGCACACUCACCUGUCUCCAUGGAGGGCGAGGAGGCUGGGGCCCGGGCCACCUUCGGCGCCUGGGAUUACGGCGUGUUCGCGACUAUGCUGCUGGUGUCCACGGGCAUCGGGCUGUGGGUCGGCCUGGCCCGCGGCGGCCAGCGCAGCGCGGACGACUUCUUCACCGGGGGCCGGCAGCUGGCGGCCGUGCCUGUGGGGCUGUCGCUGGCCGCUAGCUUCAUGUCGGCUGUGCAGGUGCUCGGGGUCCCCGCAGAGGCGGCGCGCUACGGCCUCAAGUUUCUGUGGAUGUGCGCGGGCCAACUGCUCAACUCGCUGCUCACCGCCUUUCUCUUCUUACCGAUCUUCUACCGCCUGGGCCUUACCAGCACCUACCAGUACCUAGAACUGCGCUUCAGCCGAGCGGUCCGGCUCUGCGGGACGCUGCAGUACUUGGUGGCCACGAUGCUGUACACCGGCAUCGUGAUCUACGCGCCUGCGCUCAUCCUGAACCAAGUAACCGGGUUGGACAUCUGGGCAUCGCUCCUGUCCACAGGAAUCAUCUGCACCUUGUACACGACCGUGGGUGGUAUGAAGGCCGUGGUCUGGACAGAUGUGUUCCAGGUGGUGGUGAUGCUUGUCGGCUUCUGGGUGAUCCUGGCCCGAGGUGUCAUGCUCAUGGGGGGGCCCUGGAACGUGCUCAGUCUCGCUCAAAACCAUUCACGGAUCAACCUGAUGGACUUUAACCCUGAUCCUCGGAGCCGCUACACCUUCUGGACAUUUAUAGUGGGUGGCACCCUGGUGUGGCUCUCCAUGUAUGGCGUGAACCAAGCCCAAGUACAGCGCUACGUGGCCUGCCACACAGAGAGAAAAGCCAAGCUGGCCCUGCUUAUCAACCAGCUGGGCCUCUUCCUGAUUGUGGCCAGCGCAGCUUGCUGUGGCAUUGUCAUGUUUGUCUACUACAUGGACUGCGACCCCCUCCUCACAGGCCGCAUCUCAGCCCCCGACCAGUACAUGCCGCUGCUCGUGUUGGACAUUUUCGAGGGUCUGCCCGGAGUCCCUGGGCUCUUCCUGGCCUGUGCCUACAGUGGCACCCUCAGCACCGCAUCCACCAGUAUCAACGCUAUGGCAGCUGUAACUGUGGAAGACCUCAUCAAGCCGAGGAUGCCUGGCUUGGCACCACGGAAACUGGUUUUCAUCUCUAAAGGGCUCUCAUUCAUCUAUGGCUCAGCCUGCCUCACUGUGGCUGCUCUGUCCUCCCUGCUGGGAGGUGGGGUCCUCCAGGGCUCCUUCACGGUGAUGGGUGUCAUCAGUGGGCCUCUGCUUGGCGCCUUCACUCUCGGGAUGCUGCUCCCAGCCUGCAACACGCCAGGCGUCCUCUCCGGGCUGGCAGCAGGCUUAACUGUAUCCCUUUGGGUGGCCGUGGGGGCCACACUGUACCCGCCUGGAGAGCAGACCAUGGGAGUGCUGCCCACCUCGGCUGCGGGAUGCACCAAUGUCUCGGUCCUCCUGGGCCCACACGGAGCCGCCAACGAUUCCAGAGGGAUUCCCAGUUCUGGAAUGGACGCGGGCCGCCCUGCCCUUGCUAACACCUUUUAUGCCAUCUCCUAUCUCUACUACGGGGCUCUGGGCACGCUGACCACUAUGCUUUGCGGUGCUCUCAUCAGCUACCUAACUGGCCCCACCAAGCGCAGCUCCCUGGGCCCUGGAUUACUGUGGUGGGACCUUGCUCGGCAGACAGCUUCUGUGGCCCCAAAGGAGGACACCACCAUGCUAGAGGACAGCCUGGUGAAGGGACCGGAAGACAUCCCUGCUGCGACCAAGAAGCCCCCUGGCUUCGGGCCAGGCCCUGAGACCCACCCCCUGUAUCUGGGGCGCGAUGUUGAGACCAACCUCUGAGGGCGUGGCCCGAGAAGGCCAAUCACAGGCCUCGGUCCAGCAGCCUCCUCCCUGGAUGGUUGGACCAGAGCGUGUACAGAAGUUUGGCUGACACAGGCCCUGCCUGGAAGUCCCUAUGUCCCACCCGCACCCCAAAAAAGAGGGUUGGUUUUCUAUCCACAAAGGAAAAUGUCUGGAACCUUCGUGACAUUGUAGAGUGCAGUAGGCAGCUGAGAACGCUCCAGACUGUGAGGUUUUCCCAUUUAACAAGCAGAGAAACCAAGGACUGUCACCCCAACACCAGGAAGGUGGAGGCGAGAGAUUCAGGAGUUCAAGGUCAUUCUCAGCUAUAGCCGCCUGGGCUACAGAAGACCCUGCCCACCCCCAAAUAUAUAUAAGUAAUCUGGGUGAGCAGGGUAGCUCCGAGAUAAAGGGCUUGCCUAGCACACAGAAGUCCCAAGGUUCCACCCUCAUCAACACGAAGGAGUUUUUUUUUUUUUUUUAAGCAGCGAAAGGGUCAUAGAUACAGGGGAAAUCAAGGCAGAGGGAGAAAUGGGGUGUCUACAGAACACAGAGCCCCAAGGAUUGUGAAGCUACCGGAAGUGCCCAGGGACAGAUUCUCAGAGCCCGCACAAGACACGGACAGAAGAGUUGCCUCCUCGAGUUGGACUGAUGGUUGCAGAUA